AUGGAUGAUAUUAGCCAGGUGGUGAAAAACUACUACGCGGUAAUUGGUCAAAAGGAUGAAGACAUUUUUGAGCUCUACCGUGACAACAGACGCCUGCAGAAGCAGCUGGGGGAGGUGCUCAUGGGUGAGGAGGAACGCGAGACUGACCGGCGCACAUUGAAGCUUUUGGUUGCGACGCUGCAGACCGAGCUACGGGAGAAGCAGGUGCUUAUUGACGCCCAGCAAAGGGAAGGUGCCGCCAUUCGCAGUGCCGUUUGGCGUGCCCGUGAGAUUUUGAAUAUGUCCUCUGAGCUGGACUACCCCGUUGAGGCUGUCAUCGGUGCCUGUAUCAACCUGUACACGGAGUGCGCCGAGUUGCGGGCGCGACAGGAAUAUUUAGUUGGUGCUGAGACGCAUUUAAGGUUGCUGGUGUGCCGCACCUUGUUUUGGGCAGAACAGCACGCCCGUGACGCCGUUGCGGAUGCCUGUAACGGUGCCUACGUCACCUUGGCACGCCUCCUACGGUGUACAAAGGAGACUAUGGUUGAGAAGCAGCGGCUCUGCGAGUCCCACAGAGCGGCUGAGAGUGCGCAGAGCGAGAGAAUGGAGCUGAUGGAAAAACAGGCGCAGUUGGAACGCUCUCAGCAGGAACGUGUUGUGGAGGAGUGGAGGGAACAAGUAACGUGCGUCAACAGGCGCCUGCUGUUGUUUCAGAGGUGCCUGCACCACGAGCGUGCAGAGAAGGAGUUGCUUGUGGAGGCGGCGUGUAGCCGGUUGGACUUGAUGGUGGAGCGAGGCGCGGAUGUGGAGCGUUUGUUGGCAUUGGUGUUUAGAUGUCUUGUCCGUCAUGACAAGCAGCUGCAGGAGGUGAGGUAUGAGGCGGCGGUGCUGCGUGGGAAGUUGCAGAAGGUGCGAGCUGACUUUUCCCGCGCAAAAGCCCUUCUUCGGCGGAAGCGGCAAUCAGACCAGCGGGAGCAGCAGUUGGGACUAGACUGCAGCGGUGGUAGUAAUACCAUGACGAGGGACAAUGGUGAGAAGGAGAAGAGCGACAGCGUGCAUGAUGCCUUCCGUGCACUGCAGGUGGAGCACGAGGCGUUUAAGGCGGAGUGGCGGAAGUGCGCUGAGCGCGAACGGGAAGCGCGACGGCAGGCAGCCGCAAGGAUCAAUACACUGAAAGCCGAGCGCUCUGCAUGCGAGAUCGCAGUUGCGGCGUGCCAAGAGCGUUGCGCAACGCUCGUGAAGGCGUUGCAGCGUACGCGGCUGGAGGCAAAACGCCAUGCAAAAGAAGUGCGUCACAUGCAGGAACGGCGUGAUGCGGUGCGUGACGAAGUGAAUCUUUAUGCUGAACGAAUUAAGAGCCUAGAAGAGAUGAACCGGGUGCUUGGGGAGAGGAACAUGGCACAGCUUUCAUGCGUGGAGAGUCUGCAGAAAGAGUUACGGGAGAAGGAGGAGGCGUUGAACUCCGCGGAGCGUGCUUUUUGUGAGCGUAUUGCCUUCCUUGAAGGGAGACUGCAUAUGGAAAAGGAGGGGUUUCUAGGUGAGCUGAAGGAGUGGACGUUGGUGCUGGAGGAGGCGCGCAAGAAACUCGUCGUCGCGGAGAGUGAGCGUGACCGCGAAGCGAUGCUUCGGGGCAUGCUGGUGGAGCAGCACCGAGAAGAGGAGCGGAUGCUAAAGAAGGUUUUGGCGGAGGAGCAUCAGGCGGCCGUAGUGGUACUCCAGGGCAAAAUAGAUGUGCUUGAGCUUGCCUGCGGAAGAAGCGCAGCGGUGAUCGCGGAACUUCGUGAGUUACUACAUCGGGCCAAAACAGAGACCAGCACCGCCUAG